AUCAGCAACAACAAGGACAACAUCGUCGUUAUCCAAUCGUUUUUCCAUUCCAACAAUUGCAACAGAUGGACCGUUGUCUUUUAAACGUGUACCAAAGUUCGGCGAAGCACGUUUUAGGAACGCAGAUAAAACGUUUACAUUGGACAGUUCGGCAACAGCAACUACAAUGACAACAUCGUCGUUAUCUAAUCCUGAUUCCAUUCCAACACAGCAGAUGCUAACAAUCGCCGAGAAAAGUUCGGAUGAUUUGUCUAGAUAUUCGCCUAAAAACUCGGAAAUUACUAAUUUACAAGAAUGUAACAAUCCAGGGGAUGAAACAGAACACAAGACGAAAAACGUUACAGAUGCAUCGUUAGUAUUUUCUGUAAAACCUGGACCUUCGGGUUUAUCUUCAAUUGCGACUUUGGAGAGGGAAGCGUCCGACACAGUUUUAAACAAAAUAAACAGUUUGUCUGUUGAACCUAUUGAAGAUGGCGCCAGCUCUUUUACAGAUCUCAACUUGAAUACCAUAGCAGCAAGUACGUUACAGUUUGAUCAGCAGACAACAACAUCAUUUUCUGGUUCGGAAACUGUCCUAUUGACAAGCAUUUCGUCAGCAGAGUGUUCGUCCUUUCAAUGUAACUCAUUGCCAUCAUCCGAUGGAGCAAACCAUAUCUCGCCUGAAGAACCAGGAUUGUUUUCAAAACGUUUUGCAACAGAUGAAACGUUUUCAUUUAAAUGUGUACCAGACUUCAGUGAAGCAAUGUUGAGGAGCCCUGAUCAAACGUUUUCAGUAAACAUUUCGUCACCAGCAACUUCUGGGAUAACCCAGUCAAUAUCCAAUCCUGUUUCCAUUCCAACACUUGCAACAUGUGCACCGUUUUCAUUUAAAAGUGCACCAAAUUUCAUUGAAACAAAUUUCAUGAGCCCAGAUAAAACGCUUACAUUGGACAAUUCGUUAUCAGCAACUACAGGGACAACAUCGUCGUUAUCCAAUCCUGUUUCCAUUCCGACACUUGCAACAGACGCACCGUUUUCAUUCAAAUGUGAACCAAAGUUCGGCGAAGCAAGUUUGAGGAACCCGGAUAAAACGUUUACAUUCGACAGUUCGUCAUCAGCAACUACAAGGAGAAUCCAGUCACCAUCCAAUCCUGGUUCCACCAAAACACCUGUACCUGUCACAUCGGGUCAAUGCCACAAUGCUUCAUUAGACAAUAACAAUGCUAUUUCUUCCAUUGCACCUGUUCAAGUAACAGUCAAAGAAACAUACGCAAAGAAACCGGAUGUCUUGGAGCUGUUUGUUGGCGGCACACACAGAUAUACGACAUUGCUGUCAACUAUGACACAGGCAAAGGCAGGUUUUCUUGCAGACAUAUUCUUGGGAAAAGGAAACGUGCCUCUACAUGUCCUGAAAGAUGGAUCUUUCUUCCUUGACACCGAUGGAGAAUCAUUCAAACUGAUUAUUGAAUACUUACGUGACGGCCGACUGCCGGAUAUGGACGUAGCUUCUACGAAAGGCACUUCAAGGUGUGAGGAAAUGUUAUUGAAAUCUUUCCAAACCGCUCGAAAGUACGGGUUACAUGAAUAUCUGCACGACCUUGACCAAUGUGUCCCUAUUCAGCGUUUCAAAGAACUUGAAGCUAAUAAAGAUAUCGUCGAGUUCUAUGCAAAACAGAUUUUAUGGGCGCUCAAUAAAACUGAUCUUGAACAAAAUGGCAAGUUCGCAAUCCUGUUGAAGUCAACCGAUUCGACUGCAAUCUCUGCUGCGUGCUGUGAACAUGUCACUUUGCCCCAGUUGAUACUGUUGUUCACCUAACAAGGGACUUUAGUUUGCGAAUUUUGAGUUUGCUGUGUAAGCGUCUCCGUUUCCUAGGUUACAACGUCACUACAAAUGAAGAAAGUUGUCUGUUUAGAUGUUGUACACACGAGCAAGGAGACGCCGAUAAAAAGGAAUGCACAAGCAAGCGUCAUUUGUUGACGUGGUUUUGGCGGAUUUAGAAACGCAGCAACCCUGUUUGAUUGCAUAACAUGUAUAAGUUGCUAACAGAGCUUGCUAACGUUAACCUUAUACCCGUGAAGUAUAUUAUCAUAAAUGUAUUGUAAUGUUAAGCAAGCGGCUAUACCAAAUAUUGUAUUCAGAUUACUUUUUUGUUUGUUUGUUGAUUUUUUAUACUUUUAAGUUGCUUUCGUUCCUUGUAUGGAGAUCCUUAGUAUUGUUUUCAAACCAUGUCACUUGCUUUAACAUUAAACUAUAAUUUACUA